AUGCAGGUGUCGCUGCAGUGGUUGGAGAUCAAUCACCUCCCAGCACGACUGCUCAGGGUCGUGGCCAGGCUACACGAUCUCCGGCACUUGACGUUGAACUUGACGAUUAGUUACGACGAUGUGGAAUGUCUGCGGGAGCUCGCGGAAUCGUUGCGGAACAUGACGCGCAUCAGGACGUUGGCCGUAAACCGAGUGGUCGCGACAUCGAUGCACGCCGGACCCGACGUGGUACUUCAGACGUUCGCGAUACCGGAAUGCGCAUACGAAUCGCUAACGUCGUUGGACUGUUCGUUAGACGGCAGCCUGUGCGUGUUGCGCGCCGGCAAACGGUUGUCCAGCUUACGCAUACGGAACGGCGACAUCCUGUCGGCCGGUGGAUUGCAACUGUUGUUCGAAAACCUCAUCGGUUUGAGGCAUCUGUGGAUCGACAACUGCUUCUGUCUUGACGACGACAUUAUGUCCGGCUUGCCUGUGUCCAACCUCAGAGGUAAACCUAUACAACUAUUAUACUAUUAUACUUCUGAGCAUAGGUUGGAUUGA